AAAUGUCUCCUCUGCUCACAUUAAUAUCUUUUUGAUUUAUCGAGUUUUUUUUAUUUGUGAGAUAACCAAAGGGGAUUUUUCCAUUUCUCUGGGGGUUCCAACCAGUGGCCGUACCUUGCUAGUGCAUACGGGAAACGACGGUCUUCACUCUGGCUACGUGCCUGCUUAGAACGUGACACAGCGUCUCCUUUAGAAUCCUCUUGCAUGUUGGGACGGAGUUGAGUUUGUAUUUGUGAACGCAAAAUGACUUGGAAAAUCCGUCGAGUGGCCAGUAGAAAACGCGGUGUCCCCAAGAUUCCCGAAAAGUGAAUAUAUUGACGUCUGUUAUCGCGAUAAGCGGUCUUCCCUCGAGGCGGAGUGGUUUCGCCCUCCCGGGGGCUGAGUUUCUCCCUCCGCCUCUGACGUCUCAGUACAGUUCUUUGCGAGCCAUGGUUGAUCUUCAAGACCCCGUUCUUCAGCCGCAGGUAAAACGUAGCCGACGUGAGAGUGACUCUGACCUCGCCAGCCGCCACCAAGUCAUAGAUUCGAGGAGUGAAGACAGUCAUCCCGGAUCUAGUGGCUCAAGUGCGGGGAAUUCACCACCACCGACUGAGGAUCCAGCCAAUGGCUUGGCUGCUCCUGCCUAUGCUUGGAAUCUCUGUUCGGGCAGUCAAGACGUGAAGCUUGAAAGUUCAUUAUCCACCGACGUUCAAUACAAUGGGGAUGGAAUAUCUUCUUAUUCCGAAGAAGUGAGUGCAGAGAAGAACAGCGAUUGUCCUUAUUACGGCAGUAUGCAAGCGUAUACACAACUCAACAGUUCUUCCUAUUCGGGCUCUGGCUUCUAUUACUCACAGUCACCGUCUUACGGGCUCUCACAGUCAUACGGCAGUCGUCAACAGCAGGUGAAAUCGUCCCAAUCCAACAGCUUUACCUCAACGAAUUCGAGUCAAAACAGCACUUACGGUUAUGGGCCCAGCUACGGGACCUUCGGUGCUUUCAGCAGUGGAAAUCAGGGACUCGCAACUCAACAGGCGAUCGAUUAUACGGGUUAUGGAAGUUAUCAGAGCUACCCAUACUAUGGUUAUGGCUACGGUGCUCAUUCGUCCUACCAAUUGGGUCCACCUGUGGUCGGCCAACAUCAUAGUAGUGACGGCCAGUCCGGCGUGGACAGUAGCCCUCCUAUGAAAGCAGCGGACUCCAGCAAAAGGAGCAAAGGGAAUCGCGGUCGCGGUCGACGCCAGGCGAACCCAUCACCCGAUCCUGAGAACGGUUUGGAAAGGGUCUUCAUUUGGGAUUUGGAUGAAACUAUCAUCAUUUUUCACUCUCUACUUACGGGCUCCUUCGCUGGACGUUACGGAAAGGACGCUCCGUCAUCUGUGCAAUAUGGUUUAGGAAUGGAAGAGAUGAUCUUCAACCUCGCAGAUUCGCACUUUUUCUUCAACGACCUCGAAGAGUGUGACCAGGCACAUAUCGAUGAUGUGUCCUCGGAUGACAACGGACAGGACCUCACGAGUUACAACUUCGCAGCCGAUGGUUUUCAAACUUCAGCCAACAAUGCUAGUCUGUGCCUGUCCACUGGAGUUCGGGGUGGAGUCGAUUGGAUGCGGAAACUGGCAUUCCGAUACAGAAGGAUCAAGGAGAUCUAUAAUCAGUACAGAAAUAACGUCGGAGGACUCCUGGGACCAAAACGGGAUCAGUGGAUUCAGCUACGGCAGGAGAUCGAGAACCACACAGAUAGCUGGCUUACGAUUGCAUCCAAGUGUCUUUCCAUAAUACAUUCCAGGUCCAAUUGCGCUAAUGUACUGGUUACAACUACUCAGCUUGUGCCAGCGUUGGCCAAGGUUCUUCUCUAUGGGUUGGGUGAGGUGUUCCCGGUAGACUGUGUCUACAGCGCCACCAAGUUGGGGAAGGAGUCCUGCUUCGAGCGUAUUGUGGCCCGUUUCGGCAAGAAGUGCACCUACGUCGUCGUAGGAGACGGCAAAGACGAAGAAACUGCUGCUAAGCAGAUGAACUUCCCCUUCUGGAGGGUAAGCAGCCACUCCGAUUUGGCAGCGUUGCAUCAUGCUCUCGACUUGGGACACUUGUAAGAAUGAUGUCUACAUUCCCUUGGUGUGUGUGUGUGAUCACAUCGAAAAUUGACGAACGUUUUUGUGACGACGCAUUGAGGGCCACAUCAUAGAGACGGCCAUCUAGUCGACAAUAUGUGCAAGCGAUGAAAUUGCCCUGCAAUGCAUGGAUGUUCAAUUAUGUGUAUUCAUAGAUAUAGAAUAAACUCUUCUCUUUUUGGUAAAAA